AUGAGUGGAUGGAGGAAGAACCAGAAAUGGUUCAAGAAGGAAAUCCAGAAGCAAGACCUGAAGACCCUAGUGAUGGACUAUGAGGAUGACGAAUCUGACGAGGAGUCAGAUGAAGGUGAGCACAUUAAGGAAACCUCUAGUGAACCCCACCCUACGGAGACACCACCAGCUCAGCACGUAGUGCAGGAGAGCACUACUGACCAGAUACUCUCUCUCGAGCAAGAAGUAGCCAACCUCAAGCAACAACUUUUUGCGGCCGAAGCUAUGGUUGUUCAAGCAAGACAGAGGGAAAAUAUGAUCACUCAGGAGGCGAAUGAAUUGGCCGAACUUCUGGUGCGUCAGUUUGACGUUUGA